GUGAAAGUUUAAACGGAAGUCGCGCUAAUGACGUAGUUGUAUUCCGUCACGGUCAGCGGCAGAAAGCGGAAGUAAACAAAGCAAGAGGGCGAACGACAUUCUACAGAAAAAGGACAGUUUUUUGUGCUCACCAUGGCAACUCUUGUUUGUACAAUACAAGACCAUCGGGAUGAUGUGAACUGGUGCAGCUUCUCAACCAAACUGCUGGCCACGUGCUCCGGAGACAAAACUCUGAGAAUAUACAACAGCUGUGAUUUCUCCGAGCUUCCUUUCUCACCGCUGUCAGGACACGGCUACAGCGUCCACUGCUGCUGCUUCAGCCCCUGUGGCCAGUUCCUGGUCUCCUGCUCCACAGAUGCAACCAUAGUAGUCUGGUCCAUGGCCACAGGUGACAUUGAGGCCAUCAUGGAGCAUCCCGGUCGUAGUCCUGUCAGGAUCUGCGACCUCUCUCCAGAUUCUACUCACCUGGUCUCUGGAGCCUCAGAUGGAACUUUAGCUCUUUGGAAUUUUCCUUCAAAACAGCUGCGCAGUGUCGGCUCGGUGGUCGACACCACCCUGGUGGCCUGUUCCUUCACUCCGUGCAGCCAGUUCUUCAUGAGCGGCUCCACCUACGGAGAUCUGCGUCUGUGGGACUUGAACAUGAACCAGCUCCUGGCCGAGAAGGAUGCCCACGACCUGGGGGUCACCUGCUGCAAGUUUGCUCCAGACAUACUGGCAGGUGACCACGUUGUGCAAUUUCAGUUGGCCUCCUGUGGCCAAGACACUCGGGUGAAAAUCUGGACUAUUCACAUGCUGAGAUCUGGAGGCUGGAAGAUGCAGCUGCUGCACACGUUAACAGGACAAACUGCUCCUGUUCUGUCCUGUUCCUACUCCUCUGAUGGGCAGCUGCUGGUGUCUGGGUCUGUGGACAAAACCGUGACGGUCUAUGACGCAAAAAACGCAGUUUUACUUUACACCCUGAGGCAGCAUAAGCGGUAUGUCACAGCCUGCACCUUCUCUCCUUCUUCACCGCUGAUAGCCACAGGAUCUAUGGAUAAAACAGUGAACAUCUGGAGGCUGGAGGAUGGAUGUAGCAGCAGUUGUGGUUCAACAAAAGGAGACAAAUCCCUGACAGAGGAGCCCGCUGUGACAUCAAGUAAAGACAGGACCUCAGCUGGCAGGUCCAAACUGCUGGUCAACGAUUGGUCAGAGGAGGACGUGUCAGAGUGGCUGGUGGAAGAAGGCCUCGGGGGAUUGGUUGACAAAUUCAGAGCCAACGACAUCGACGGCACCGAGCUGCUCAAUCUCACCAAGGAAACGCUGGCGUCAGAGCUGCUCAUAGAAUCCAUAGGGCUACGCAGUAAACUCCUCAGGAAGGUGGAGGAACUUAAGAGUUGUUCCGUGUCUUCAGAUGUACCCGACGAGUUUCUCUGUCCAAUCACCAGAGAGCUGAUGAAGGAACCUGUCAUCGCUGCGGAUGGCUACUCCUAUGAAAGAAGUGCCAUCGAGAGCUGGAUCAACACCAAGAACCGUUCCUCCCCCAUGACCAACCUGCCUUUGUUAACCACUCUUCUCACCCCUAACCACACCCUCAAGAUGGCCAUUGGCCGCUGGAAGACCAGCCACUGACAUGAGAAGUCCCUCAGUGGACGAGCUUUAACAGCAAGAGGAGUAGAUUUGAAGUGAGGCUGAAUGACGGUCAAACCUGGAUGGAUGACAAACCGUCUCUGAAUGGGACAGAAGGCAAAAUUCAGUUGUGUAUGCAGCCAGUAACAGCUUUAAACCAAUGACGCGUUCUAACUUGUAGCCUUAAAAUUAUUUAUUAUUUCAAAAAGCUUUUUCAUUUGCACGCACACGUAUAUGUACAACUGGUCAAAAAGCUGAGGCUUAGUUAGGUUUGUUUAAUUACAAACUAUAUUAUUUAGUCCUUGUUGUUUCCUUUAAAAAAACCUGAGGACAAGAGAGGUGAAAGGUCACUACCUAUAGUCUUACCAUUAGGUGGCACAACGAAGUGGAACAACCAACGCUAGACUGUGAAUUUCAAAUGAAUACGAUAUUCUAAUCAUAUUCAGAAAUAAUAUUUGUCAGGGAUGUCUGAUCACUUCGGCCAGUCAAUAUUAUCGGCCAGAUAUUAGCAUAAUUAUGUGAUAUCUGUAAAAAUUGUUAUCGGUUUCCUGAAAACCCAAUAAUGCAAUGCUUGUGUUUUGCCAAAUGAUGUGUGCCCUAAAAAUAGUUUC